CAAAAUACCCUCUUCUUCUUCAUCAAUUAAUUGCGAAAUCCCCAAAAGGUACUAACAUGCGCCGGGGGUGCGCAUUUUACACUACUAUGGAGGUUAGGUGCUGCUCUCUACCAUUAUCUGUCAAUUUCAGCAAAGGUGGACUCUGCCUAAUUAUUUAAAAAACCUUCACGUAUAUUUAUACAUACAUAAUUAUUAUAUGUAUUCACCAGGCUGUAUAUACAUACAACCACUGUAUGUAUUUCAUAAUUUAUUACUAGUGUAUAUUCUUCCUCUUAUAUACUAGUUGCCUUUGCUAAACCAUUUCUUUCGAUCUUCGCUUCGCACUCUACACACAGUUCAUCUGGGAUUUGAUUUGAGAUUCUUCUGAGCCCACAAAAAGAAAAAAAAAAAAAAAAAAAAAAAUGGAUCCAGACACUAAGAAAUGCAAGGAAUCGAAGCCCCACUCGUCCAAUUCAAACGGAUCGAAAUGCAGUCACUUGAAAUUCCCCGACGAAGCAUUGGAGAAAGUCCUCUCGUUCAUAGAUUCACACAAAGACAGAAACACAGUCUCCCUUGUCUGCAAAGAAUGGUACAACGCCGAGCGUUGGACGAGAUCCAAUCUUUUCAUCGGGAACUGCUACUCCGUAUCGCCCGAGAUUGUUUCUAGAAGGUUUCCGAGAAUCAAGAGUGUCAGAAUCAAAGGGAAGCCGAGAUUCUCCGAUUUUAAUAUGCUGCCUCGAGAUUGGGGUGCUAAUGUGCACGCCUGGUUGGUUAUGUUUGCAGAAGUUUACCCGUUUUUGGAGGAAUUGAGGCUUAAGAGAAUGACUGUGAAUGACGAGAGCUUGGAGCUUUUAGCUAAGUCUUUUACGGGAUUUAAGGCUUUAUCUUUGUUGAGUUGCGAUGGAUUCACUGAUGAUGGGCUCAAAUUCGUCGCCACUCAUUGCAGGAACUUAACCGAGCUCGAUAUCCAAGACAGCGUAGCAGUUGACGUAGGCGGAGAUUGGCUCACAUGCUUCCCUGAAAACUUCUCCUCACUCGAAAUACUAAAUUUCGCAAGCCUAAACAGCGAGGUGAAUUUCGAGUCACUCGAGAAACUCGUAAAUCGAUGCAAAAACACAUUACGCGUUCUUAAGGUAAACGAGAGCAUAACAUUGGACCAACUCCAAAGGCUGCUUGUACAUGCUCCUAACUUAGUGGAGCUCGGUACUGGCUCGUUCAUGCAAGAACUAACACCACGUCAGUACGAGGAUGUUGGUAGUGCGUUUAGCAAUUGCGGAAAAUUACGAGUUCUUUCGGGUUUGUGGGAUGCUACGGAUCUCCAUUUUAGUGUUCUUUAUGGAGCUUGUGCUAGGCUCACUUUCUUGAAUUUUAGUGAGGCGGUGCUUCAAAGUGGGGAGCUUGCUAAACUUCUUGCGCAUUGCCCUAAUUUGCGACGCCUUUGGGUCAUCGAUACGGUUCAAGAUAAGGGACUCGAAGCAGUUGGAUCCAGCUGUCCAUUGCUCGAAGAACUUCGAGUCUUCCCACUCGACCCUUACGACCUAGACCACCAACACGGCGUAACCGAGCAAGGCCUGCUAGCCGUCUCCCUCGGCUGCCCCAAGCUCCACUACCUCCUCUACUUCUGCCGGAGAAUGACCAACGCCGCCGUCAUUGCCGCCGUCAAAAACUGCCCAAAUUUCACCCACUUCCGCCUCUGCAUCAUGAACCCCGGCCAGCCGGACCACCUCACCAAAUCCCCCAUGGAUGCCGCCUUCGCCGCCGUCGUCAAAACGUGCCCCAAACUCCGGCGACUCUCGGUCUCCGGCCUACUCACUGACAAGACCUUCGAGAGCAUCGGGGAAUAUGCCAAGAAUCUCGAGACGCUUUCCGUUGCUUUCGCGGGGAGUAGCGACAAAGCGAUGGUUUGCGUUUUACGAGGUUGUCCGAAGCUGAGGAAGCUAGAGAUUAGGGAUUGUCCGUUUGGGAACGCGGCGCUUUUGUCCGGUGUGGAGAAGUACGAGAUGAUGAGGUCGCUGUGGAUGUCGGCGUGUGAUGUCACUAUGAAGGGGUGUAGGAUGCUCGCUAGAGAGAUGCCGAGGUUGAACGUUGAGGUGAUCGAGGAUGAGGGGAGCGAUGACGGGGCGAAGGCGGGUAAGGUUUACGUUUAUCGAACGGUGGCGGGGCCCAGAAGGGACGCGCCGCCGUUUGUCCUCACUCUUUAGUGCGAGCGGAGAAAGUACAUUUUUGCCCCUGUGGUUUUCUCUAAUUGUUGAAAAAACCUCAGUGUUAAUUUAUUAUUAUUUUUUCUUUAGCAAACUACCCCCCUACAAAUUCACUUUUAGGUGGUUGUGAGCUGGAAAAUGUAUUAUAUGGGGCGUUUUUUUCGCAAUUCGAUAUAACGCAGGGGUAGUACUAAAUGCAGUUAACUCGUGUGUUUUGUACUCGGUGUAUUUCAACUGGUGUACUAUAUGAUUGUGUUUGUUUUGUGGUUUGCAUGAUAUGGAGGGAAAAUGUUAUAUGAGAUUCUUGGAUUUGGGAUCGAUUAGUACAAUGUAAUAAAUUAUUUGUGAAUUUUUUAUUUAUUUUUUAAUUAUUUU